AAGCAGCUAAACCGGCACGCAUUUUUUAUCCCUUCUUUCAGGCUGUGAUUGUAGCUUAUAUACAUAGAUAUAUUCACCGUCAAAAUGGUUCAGGAUGUGAUGGGGUGCUGUCCUGCUAUCGCUAGCUAGGCGGACAAAUUCCUUCAACCCAGCCUGCUGUUUCAAUCACUGCGGGUUGACACAGUAGCUUAGGCGUCGUUGAGGGAGCUAGCGCCCGUAGCCGUUGCGUCUAAUUUAGCCAACGUUAGCUAAUGUAACGUUAGUUAGUUAAAACGGUCGCAUUGCUGCGGCGUGGAUAGUGCAAUAACGGUUAUCACUCUAACGUUGGCUUACUGGCAAGGACUACGACUUCUUUUUCAGGUGUAAACGAGCUAGCUAACAUUGGUGAGACUGCACAGAUAUCAACUGUUAACGGGUUUGGAUGUCGCGACACUGCAGUUUUCAGCCACUUUUUGGCGGAUUGUGAAGCUAGAAUUGGACCACAGUGACGGACGAAAAGACAGGAUUGGACCGCGCAGUGACAGAGCAGAGGGUUAAUGAUAUACACCGGCUAUUGAGUGGUUAAAUCUGUAACAGUUUGCAGUCAUUUUAAUAUUAGCUGUGUUGAGAAACGGGCGGGCAGAGCAUCUCGGGGAGGCCCCUACCGUCUCCUGACUCCCUCCCCUGUCCGAGUCUCCCGUGAUUUGCCGAGAACACCCGGGUGAAGUCGCAGUUGUUCUCGGCCGGGGGGGACAACUUGACAGCGAGGCCCCUAGCUAGUCUCCCCUCCCCCUCCCCCCAGUCCCGUCCACUCAUCCGUCCAGCCCCGACAGACCACCUCCUCCUCCUCGCCCUGAGAUCGAAGCGAGGACCGGGGGUUUUUUUUCGGGAGAAGCUGAAACCGUGGGCAAGCGUUGUCGUGGUCCCGUCUUAACCGGGCUGCCACAAGCAGAGGGGAUGACUCUGGAGUCCAUGAUGGCUUGCUGCCUGAGCGAAGAGGCGAAGGAGUCGAAACGAAUCAAUGCAGAAAUUGACAAACAACUGCGCCGAGACAAGCGAGACUCCAGGAGAGAGCUGAAAUUACUUCUUCUCGGUACGGGAGAAAGUGGCAAGAGCACCUUCAUCAAGCAGAUGAGGAUCAUCCAUGGAGCCGGCUACUCAGACGAAGAUAAGAGAGGCUUCAUCCGACUUGUUUACCAAAACAUCUUCACCUCCAUGCAGGCCAUGAUUCGUGCCACUGAGAACCUCAAGAUCCCCUACAAAUAUGAACAGAAUCGGUCUAAUGCCAUGCUGGUGAAGGAGGUGGACAUUGAGAAGAUAAAUGGGUUUGACCACCCCUACAUCGCAGCUAUCAAAUGCCUCUGGUCCGACCCGGGGAUCCAGGAGGCCUAUGACCGCCGCCGAGAGUACCAGCUCUCUGACUCCACUAAAUAUUACCUUAGCGAUAUAGACCGUGUGACUGCGGAGGGAUACGUUCCCACCCAGCAGGAUGUGCUGAGGGUCCGUGUUCCCACCACGGGCAUAAUAGAGUACCCAUUUGACCUGGAGAACGUCAUCUUCAGUUAUCUUUCCGAUCUGGAUCGUAUUGCAGAUUCCAACUAUCUUCCCACUCAGCAGGAUGUGCUCAGGGUGCGCAUCCCCACCACAGGAAUCAUAGAGUACCCCUUCGACUUGCAAAGCAUCAUUUUCAGGAUGGUGGAUGUAGGGGGUCAGAGGUCAGAGAGGAGGAAGUGGAUUCACUGCUUUGAGAAUGUCACUUCCAUCAUGUUUCUUGUGGCGCUGAGUGAGUACGACCAAGUCCUGGUGGAAUCAGACAAUGAGAACCGCAUGGAGGAGAGUAAAGCUCUGUUCAGGACUAUCAUUACCUACCCCUGGUUUCAAAACUCCUCUGUCAUCCUCUUCCUCAACAAGAAGGACCUGCUAGAGGAGAAGAUCUCCUACUCACACUUGGUGGACUAUUUCCCUGAGUUUGAUGGUCCCCAGCGGGAUGCACAGGCAGCGCGGGAGUUCAUCCUCAAGAUGUUUGUGGACUUAAACCCAGACAGCGACAAGAUCAUCUACUCUCACUUCACUUGUGCCACAGACACUGAGAACAUCCGCUUUGUGUUUGCAGCUGUCAAAGACACCAUCCUACAGCUCAACCUCAAAGAGUACAACCUGGUGUGAGGGCUCUCGUACGAUGCACAUCUCCUCCCCAUUGCACAAAUGCACACCUCUUUCGGAGUGUGCGAUCAACUCCUCAUGCAUAACAGCACACCAUGCCGACACACACACACACAUACACACACACAUAUACACACACACACACACACACGCUCCCAACCAACAGAACCCUUCCUUUGUUCUUUUUGGGGUUUUUUUUCCCAGUACAGUUCAUUCACAGAUCCUCCCACCUGCAAACGCCGCCCCUCUCUUUCACCAAAGCUCGCCCUCUUCCUCCUUUGCUCGGCAGCUUGUUGUGUCAGAGUCCUCGCUCCUCCCAAAGCUGCUCCGUGUCUGACUUGGCCCCGGCUGCUGACUCUGGCACAUUUCAUCUGGCACACAAACCUUUCACACGGGCUGUACAGUGACUGAAAGGGACUUUGGUGUUUGUGUGUGUGGUACGUGUGUGUGUGCGUGUGAGUGUGUGUGUGUGUUGCAUCGACUAGCGAGGAGCUGUGUUUUGGUGGAUAGCGGCAUCAAACCCCCCACCCCCCCCCCUCUCUCCCCCUUGGCCCUCUGGAGUUGAUCCCAAGUGGUGUGAGAUCAGAUCCUCCGUCGUCUACUUUUCUGAGCUCCUGCCAGUGUGGAAGGAAGUGAACACUUGAAUCUCCCCAAAACCAUCUGAGGACCAGCGAGCGGCACGGUGCUCCUUUUUGAAAAUCCCCCACCACAGUUUGACAGUGUUGGGACAGGAUGUGAGGUCGCACACAGGACGCAAGGGGACGGGGGCCGAGGAUUCUGUCUCCACCUCGCAUCUAUGAAUGUACCCACCAGUGUGAGCAUCGCAAUCGCAAAAAAUAGAAAUAUAUAUUAUGAAGUAAAUGUAUAUGUAAACACACUUAAGACAAAAAGCACGAGAGGGCAAGAGAUAGCAAAUCAAAAUCUAUUCAUUGCUGAGAUUUUUAAAAUGUUUUUAAUGAUAGAAAUUUGUUGCUACGUCUACUUCUAUUUAACAAAUUAUGGCUAAAUGGAACGGUGAUAAGAAAAAUCUAUAAAAACUUUUAAACUUUGCAUAACAAAGACAUCUAAAAAAAAAAAAGAAGCAGCUACAAAUUUACUUGAGAUAAGUAUCCUUUAAACAUUUCUGUGGGAUUAGUUUUUUUUUUUUGUUUUUUUUGUUUAAGUUAAUCACAUGGCUUCCCUCCUCCAGAGGUUUUCUGUAUGGAUUCACAGGGACAAUCUUCCAUGUGACCUCCACAGCAUCUGGCUCCACUGACACACACCCACACCCUUUAUUACAAAACACUCGUAGCGGGUGAGAGGACGGCGCUUUUCACACGGGGGGCUGCACUCUGAUUGGCAGGAGCAGAUGUGGAAGGGGAGCGCGAUGACAUCAGUGUUUUUAUCAGCCCACAGAGCGCCCAUCUGCAGCUCGGGCUGCGAGUAGCUUAUUCAACAAAAUAGAAGCCGUAAAUUAAACACGCCCACGCCCAGGGUGUGAAUAGAAUCCAUGCGGUAACAUCUCUGAUGACGUCGCACCUGCGUCACUCAGCCGUCCAAUCAGACACACUUCCUGACAGUGACAUAGUCAUUCAUUAUAUCAGGAUGUGCUUCUGUUUACUUUUUUUUUUUUUUUUUUUUUUUUUACUGUAUAGUCACUUUGUUUAUAUAAAAAAAAAGAUUGCUUGCUGUUGAGUGGUGAGAGGAAGAGGGGCUAUGAACCUUUGACGGAAAACGCACUCUGAAGUCUGCAAAUGUCGUUUGUGUAUAUUUGUUUGUAAAUACAUAUACACAAAACACUCCUGUACAAAAACGCUCUGUGGUACACCAUCUUUGGCAAAAAACAAACAAAAACAAAAAAACCAACAAAAAAAAAAAAGUAUCAACUUCUUUCACUAGCAUACAGUUUUUUUUUUUCCUAUGAAUUUAUGGUAGUAUUGAUACUGUGAUAAUGGAUUUUGUUCACUUGAUUAAUAGGACUACACAGAGCUGAGUGGUGUUGAGUAAACGAUCGGCAAGGAGCAAUAGUCAGAGACAAGAGGUUCCUUCCAACCAGCCUCUUAAACCCUCACAACUCCACACUACUGCAACAGCUCUGGCUCCAGAGUAAUACUAACUAGGGCUGGUUUAAAAAAAAAAACAAAAAAAAAAACAGUAUGGUGACAAGAUGAUUUAAGAGUAAUUAAAGAUUUUUUUAUUUAUCUAAUUUAUGGACCAGGUUUGAAGGUGUUGAUAAUUUGACUGCUUUUGAUUCUGUCAUGUUGAAGUGCUCCUUUUCUCAUGGCGGAGCCUACUUGAGUCUGAACUGCUGUAAAAAACAAAACAAAAACAAACAAAAACAAAAAAAAAACGAAUGUCUGGUAUAGUAAGGACUUUAUCUCUGCUUUCUAUUUCUUAUUGAGACAUUUCCAGUUGUACUUGCCAUCACGUCUCCAUCCAUGAUAAUACUGUUUGGUUUCUUAAGGAGCCCUCACAUCUGUUUUGUUUGAUUUUUAACAACAAAAAAAACAAAAAAAAAGAAACUUGUAUUUCCUCUUGGUUUAUAGACGCAGCGCUGUAAUGCAUACCUAGAAAAAUGUACAGUACGAACGUAGGUGGAAUUUUUUAUCAGUGAUUGAAGACCUAUGCGGGUCCAUGCUUGCUAUUUGUAAUUUAACACAAAAAAUUCUGUUGUUGGUUUUUUGCAUUGUUAAUUUCCAGUUUUUUGAGGCUUGCUUUGAUAGUGCCAGUGAAGUGCAGAUAUACUUUUUUGGUCUUUGACCUUUUGUACAGGUGACUUAUCCUUCAUCCUCAUUAAGGGCUAUCACAGUGCAUCAGGCAUCAGACGGUGGGGAGUGGAGUACAGGACCACAGUGAACCAAGUCAUCCACUACUAAUCCUUGUUUAUAAAUGGAGAUUACUUGUGUGUGUGUGCUAUAAGAAGUAUAGGCAAGGUGUGUGUAGAGAGUUUACCAACACUAAGCAGUUUUGUCUCUGUAUUUCUUUAUGUAUCUGGCCCUUUCAGUGAAUUGGGUGGACCCAGUAUGUGGCUCUCGGACUUUCAAUUAUUUCUCGUUUGGUUGUUUGCAUCGGUAUGACAGUGUCACCUGUAAUACCUCAUGCAAUAUAGAAACACUAAAGACACUACUACCAGGAUGAGUAUUGCAUGUUUCCCCCAGAGUAUUUGAGUUGUAGCUGAUAGCCAAGAAAUUCUUAAAGACCAUACUUGCGGCUAUUUGCAUGUUUUAACCCAUUAACUCCAAUUCUUAUACUUUAUUGUUGACCGUUUCUCCAGUUUAGAGAUUGGAUUCCUACCUUCCAGGCAGCUGCUGGUUUCUGUUCAUGACAGUAAGGUCUGAAAACUUUUGGUUUUACUUUGAACUUUCUGAAGUCAGGGCUUGUUGAGGAAAUGCAGCAUUCAAAGUAACUCUGACAUCAGAGUAUUAAUCGGCUGCCGUAAACGUUGCAUUAAAAGCAGCGUUUUCCUAAAGUUAAGGAAUACAAACAAUAAAGAUGUAAAGGAUAAUGUGAAUUUGAUUUUCUAACAGUACUUGAACACACCAUCUACUGUAGUGAUGAGUUUUCACUACUCUCUGAUCUCGAUUAUAUAAUUUGAUAGAAGUUAACUGUACUAUUUCAUCCAUCUCAAGCAAAAACAAAGCAAGGAAAAGCCACUGCUCAGUGCUUUUAAAUUCAUUCUCUUUAAACCUUUAGGGUGCUAUCGAUCAGGAACAGAAGUCCACAAUUUUCUUUUUAUUAAAGCAUCAUAACCUCACUAAUUUUUUCACUCCAGCUUAAUUUCCUUAAAUGACCAGAAACCAAACACUGCCUAAAAGUUGGCAAAUCAAUAUAAACAUGUACGGUCUGCUUCCAUAAAUACUAAGCAAGUCUGAACACUAACUUAAUGGGGCUAAAAUGUAAAAAUGCCAGUGUGGUCUGUAACUGCCAUUUUUGUCUGCUGAAAAUUACACUAACCUUGUCGUGAGGAAGGCAGACAGCCAACCAUUAGAUGGAGACUGCUGUCAUAAAGAGGGUCUGGACGGGUCGGGGCGCCAGUAUUAAGUGAGCGGAAGGAUAUAGCAGUAUGGAUACCCAAGUAUUUAUCAGUGUUCAGAUUACCUGCGUGUUGAGUGCAGCUCGCGUUAACAGAGUGACUUUUAAACUUGACUCUACAACUUCUGACACAUGGUGAAGGGCUGACAGGCGGUUGUUAGUGUGGUGGUUUUGUUAGCAGCCCAGUGUUGCACAGUGUGUUUUUGACACUUUUUUUUUUUUUUUUUAAAUCUCAACAAGUAUGAGCUGGGAAAGAGGGGAAGGCAAGUCUGUAUGAAACUUCUCAUUCUUUCAUUCUUGUCCGUUUGAGCAUCGACCAGGAGGGAAAGACAAGGAUUGGUUUUUUCACAAUAACUCUCGUAUUUAUUGCCUUGAAUAAUGAAAGCUGGUGUUUGGCAUUUCUGGCCCUUCGGGGUGUGUUAUGUACCUUCCUGUGGGCUUGUUUGUUGGAAUAAUUGGAAUCUAACUUAUCUUUUUAGACAUAAAGUUCAUGCAUAUUCAAAAUUUCAAGCUUGUACCCUUAUUUUUUGUGUUUGUUUUUUUUUUUUUCAUCUUUCUCUGUAUGAUAAGAAAACAUUACCAGAACACUAAUAUUUAGGACCACUUGAUUUAUUUUUCCUCACUCCAAUGAAACCUGAAGGUCAAUUGUGUAGUGGUGUAUAAAAUGCUGUUUUUUUUUUCCUCUUUAUUUUGUAUGUAAACCAAAUGUAAAUUAUGUAUUAUACUGAGUGUGCCAACCCCACUCUCUUUAGAGCCAGGCUCUCUCUAAGUGCCAACGCUGUGGUCAUCAUCAAAGGACCACCACCUGAGAUGGUCCCCCUUUUUAAAUAAAACACACCAGAGACUAAAAGGAUAGACAAUUAAGUACACACAAAGACUUUAUUCUGUAUUUAAGAUUGAAGAUUUAAAAGAUAAUCUGCUGUUUUUUAAGAAACUGUAAUUAUAAUUGCAUGUGCUGUUUAUUUUGUGUCGGAAGUGAGGGCUUGGAUGCUUUCAUUGAAGCAGGGCCCUCGACGAUGAAGGGGUUCCAAUCAGUUGGUUAUUAUCGAUUUAUUGAUUUACAUAACUCUUGCCAUAUUUUUUUAUGUGUUUCAUGUAUUUGUUUCAACCACUGUUGCCUGAUCCUCAUUCAAACAUGAACAUGACUUAUGAUCAUUGCCGCCUUCUAAGAGAGAAACAUAAUGACAAGGUAUCUGUUUUAAAUUGAAAUAAAUUUGUUCCUAUACUUGC